AUGCGAGGACGAAGAAGAAGGAAUGCGUCUGUCAUGGCGGCUCACUGAGCACAUGUGUCUGUGUUUGAUACGUCUGGGACCACAGGCAGCUGUUUUAAAUUGACCUGAGCUUGAAGUGAAGGAGCAGAGCGAUGCUGCUGGACGUGGAGCUCCCCGUGCUUCGAGGCUUCCUGACAGAAAGCGAGACAGCGGCAUGGAAGCACAACGUCUGGAGGACCGCAGAGGUGGCUUCACUACUUUUGCCAUUAAUGGAAGGAGAAUUUGAGAAAGUUCUACAGAGCCCCCAGGUGGUAGCACUGCUCAGUGGAGAUGGCACCUUCAGCGAGGAGGAGGACAUUGAGGCUUACCUGGAGAGAAGCCUCCUGUUGUACAUUAAUGGUGGUCCUAAUGAUGGCCAGAGCAACAGGGAGCUGGUAGUGUUGGCCCUCGCUGUGUCCUGCCUUCACAUGUUUGUGCAAAGUAACUGGACUGGUCCUCCGGUCUCUCUAUACAUUCCUGACCUGCUGCCCCCAGCUUUAAUUUCAUCUCAGCAUCAAACCCUGAAGGAGGCCGUUCAGUCCAGUCUGCUCCUGGAUGGGGAGUCGGUGUACAGCCUGGUAGAAAACCCCAUGUUACUCUUGCUGGCAAGGGUUAUUCUUAUUAGGUGUUCCUCCAAGAUGGAAAGUCUGCAGCUGCUGCCCUGGUGGAUCCUUCGUUACAUCAACCUGCACCAGCAAAUCCUGGAGGCCCGCUCUCCACAGCUCUUUUGCUUGGCUCAGAGCAACAUAGACAAAGUGCUGAAACACCAGUCUGUGCUGUCGGAACACAGACACCUGGCUAUCCAGUUACACCUGGAGUGUGCUUACACUAGCAUGACCUACUAUGAGUACCACACCGCUUCAGAACACAUUAAGAAGGCACAGGAGCUCUCACAGUUGAAUAUCACAAUGACUGGUGCCCUUGGCAAACGGACCCGUUUUCAGCAAAAUGAUUUGGCUCAGUUGAUCCUUGAUGUCAAGAAGAGUUUGUGUCUGCACGGCCAGAUAAAUGAGUCAAGCCCUACGCCUACACCCCAGGCCUACCUACCUAAGGACCACUGUUUGGGUGAUGACACUGUACUGGAUGCAAUCAGUUUAGCAGAACCACAUCAGUACAAGGUUCCUGAUCUCUGUGCAGAGGAGCAGGCUGUGAUUCUGGGUGUCUGCAAUGACUUCCAGAAGAAUAAUCCGGUGCACAGACUGACUGAGGAGGAGCUUCUGGCAUUCACAUCCUGUGUCCUUUCUCAACCCAAGUUCUGGGCUGUGGAAGUCACAGCACUCUGCCUCAGAACAAAACUGGAGAAGGGCAACUCCCGAUGUGUGGAGAGAGCCAUGAUGCAAACCCAGACUAUAGUGGACCAUUUUGAAGACAAGAACUGUUCCAUCACAGAGCGUCUCAAAGUCUUCUACUGCUGCCAAGCUCCACCCAGAUGGGCCGUCCGGAGGCAGCUGGCUGGUUUGCUGUCAGAUCUCGGCUGCAUCAGUUCAGCUCUACUCAUUUAUGAAAAGUUGGAACUCUGGGAGGAUGCAGUUAUAUGCUAUGAGAGACUGGGCCAGCAUGGCAAGGCUGAGGAGAUAGUACGUAGAGAGUUAAAGAAGACGGCGACACCAAGUCUGUACUGCCUGCUGGGAGAUAUUCUAAAGGAUCAUCAGUACUAUGACCAGGCGUGGGAGGUAUCAGGCAGGCGCAGCUCCAGAGCCAUGCGUUCCAAAGGCCUGCUGCAUCUCCACAACAAGGAGUUCCAGCAGUGCAUUGACUGCUUUGAACAGUCGCUCAAGAUUAACACUUUGCAGCUUGGUCUUUGGUUUUCCCUCGGAUGUGCCUACAUUGCCCUGCAGGGUUAUGAGGGAGCAGCCAAGGCUUUCCAGAGGUGUGUGGCUCUGGAGCCAGAUAAUGCAGAAGCGUGGAACAACCUCUCUACUGCUUACAUCCGACUCAAUAAGAAACACAAAGCGUUGCGUUCUCUGCAGGAAGCCCUGAAGUGUAACUACGAACAUUGGCAGAUCUGGGAGAACUUCAUCGCUGUGAGCACUGAUACUGGGGACUUUGUUGAAACUAUUAAAGCCUACCACCGUCUGAUGGACCUGAGGGAGAACUACAAAGACAUCCAGAUUCUUCAGAUCUUGGUCAGAGCAGUUGUGGAGAACCUGACUGACAGCCAGGGUCAACAGGCAGGAACCCUUCAGGCUAAGCUGAAGGAGCUCCUGGGUCGCGUUACGUCCCGCCACAGCACUGAUGCCGAGAUAUGGCGGCAGUAUGCACUGCUGUAUGGGGAUGGUCACAGCUCCAACCCAGAGGACAAUGAGAAGGCUCUCCAGUUCUUGUCCAAGGCCCAUCGCUGUCAGGUUCAAUUGGGUGGCUGGGAGAAGGAUCCUAUCGUCUUAAAGGAAAUGAUGAAAGGAGCCAUCAAUAUGGGAGAAGUGACCAUCAGUUGCAGUAAGAGGAAGCCUCCAAAAGAGGCUCUUCAGAUGCUCUCGUCCACCCGCCUUAGCCUCCGAAGCCUGGCCACCAAAGCUAAGCAACUGCACACAGACGUUGCCACGGGUCAGAUCCACAAUGAGCUGCAGGAUAGUGUUGCUUCUCUGGAUCAGAUCGUCACAGAGUUGCAGGAGUUAAGUGCAAAGCUGAAGGAUCAGUUGCCGUGAUCAUGAGCAUAGACGCAUCCUGAGAUGUGGAAAUGCAUUGUUCAGUCAUAGUGUGUUCUCAAAUGUCAAGACAAAGGACUCCAUUCACAAUAUUUUCAUACUUUAAUUUACUAUACUUUGAUGGAAACUGGAUGAUGACUAAAGCAUCACAAAAAAAUUAAAAGGAUAAAAAUACAAAA